CGGCGGAUGCCAGCGGCAGCCGGGCGAUGGCGAGGAGCCGGGCGGCUUACGAGUACACGGAGGCGGAGGACAAGAGCAUGCGGCUGGGUUUCCUCCUCAUCGCCGCCGGCUUGCUCUCCCUCUUGGGUUUGGGUUGUUGCUGGCUUCGCCCGGCGCUGCAGGAGCGGGGCGGCGGCGGCUCCACCAACUGCACGGUGCUGGCGGUGCGGCAGCUGGGGGAGCGCUUCGCCUGCACCUUCUCCUGCGGGGCCGCCUGCCGCGGCACCGCCCGCUACCCCUGCCUGCAGGUGCUGGUCCGCACCUCCCGCUCCUCCGCACCCGCCCUGCUCCAUGAGGACGAGCGGCAGCUGCGCACCAACCCCAAGUGCUCGUACAUCCCUCCCUGUGCAAGAGACGAUCAGGAGAACUCUGAGAACGUCACGUACAAGCAGAAAUACUGGAAAGAGAAAGUGGGAUCUCAACCAUUUACAUGCUACUUUAACCAGCACUUGAGGCCGGAUGAUGUGAUGCUGAAGCGCACCCACGAUGAGACUGUUCUCUUGCACUGCUUCCUCUGGCCCGUGGUGACUUUCCUGGUCGGAGUCCUCAUCGUGGUCCUGACCAUCUGUGCCAAGAGCUUGGCUAUCAGGGCAGAGGCAAUAAAAAAGAAGAAGCAUUUGUGAGUGGCAAGGCUGCUUGUGGAAAAGAGAAACCUGCAAGAAGGUCUGAGGUGGGGCAGCCCGACACACCUGCAGGUCUGCGGGGCACCCAGCUGCAUCUCCUUCCAGGGUCUGAUCUGUGUGGUGGAGUGGCUCUUGUCUCAGGACUGUUCUUGGGAGAUUGCCCCGUGAAAUGCCUGCUAAUUGCUUCUUCUGCUAUGGCACUAAAUAAGUAUAUUCUACCAAAAAACAAAAGAGAAAUCUAGGCUGCACCAAAUAUGCUGUGUGCUGUUAGUGCUGAAGAGCAGCUACCCAGAAACUGAGACAGUUUAUGAAACUCCCUGAUGAUGUUGCUUUCAUCUACACAAGGCGAUCUUUACUAAUGUUUAAUAUUAAAUAUUUAAAAUAUUUACUUUAGAUAGAACAUAUUUACAAAAAAAAAAUUAUUGUUUUGGGGGUUUUAACU